CUCCUUCAGUCCUUCUGCUCAACAGUUGUCCCUCAUUCUCUUGUUUGGCUUUGGCUCCUAUCAAGUUUGACGAUAGACUUAAAUUUUGCUAAAAAUGGAAGGGUUUGACGAUCCGGGAAUUUAUUAUUCAGAUAACUUUGGUUCAGAAGAACAGGCUAAUGAAACUGCUGUCAACAACCAAGCUAUCAAGAAAAAAUUUAAAGACUUCAUUCGGCAAUUUCACGAGGGAAAUUUUAAUUACAAAUACAGGGAUGCCCUUAAACAACAGUAUAACCUUGGCCAAUAUUUCUUGGAAGUUUCAAUUGAAGAUAUUUCUAGCUUCGAUGAGUUGCUCGCUCAUAAGCUUCAAAAGCAACCAUCAGAUAACUUGCCUUUGUUAGAAGAAGCUGCUAAAGAAGUUGCAGAUGAAAUAACUGCUCCUAGGCCUGAAGGGGAAACUGUUGUCCAAGACAUUCAAGUUUUACUGAAAUCAGAUGCCAAUUCUAUUUCUGUUCGAGAUUUAAAAUCAGAACUCGUGUCACAGUUGGUUAAAAUCCCUGGUAUCAUUGUGUCUGCAACUGGUAUCAAAGCCAAAGCCACAAAGAUUUCUAUCCAAUGCCGAUCGUGCCGUAAUGUAGUUCCAAACUUGACUAUUAAACCUGGUCUCGAGGGAUACAUUCUUCCUCGCAAAUGUGCCUCAGAGCAAGCAGGAGGAGCCAAAUGUCUAUUGGAUCCUUAUUUUAUUAUGCCAGAUAAGUGUGAAUGUGUAGAUUUCCAAACUCUGAAAUUACAAGAGUUGCCUGAUGCUGUACCACAAGGUGAAAUGCCACGACACUUGCAACUCUUCUGUGACCGUUAUCUUUGCGAAAAGGUAGUACCUGGAAAUCGGCUAACUAUUCUAGGCAUCUAUGCUAUCAAAAAAGCUGGUAAAAGCACCAGGACUUCGGCUCGAGAGAAAAUUGCCGUAGGUGUUCGCAGUGGUUAUCUACGCGUAGUUGGUAUUCAAGUAGAUAAUAUGGGAGCUGGUAGAAGCAGUACUGUCCCCAUUACAUCCGACGAAGAAGAACUAUUUCGUCGUCUUGCUGCCUCGUCCAACAUUUAUGAACGCAUCGCCCGAAGUAUCGCUCCUAGUAUUUACGGGUUCGAAGAUAUUAAGAAAGCAGCUGCUUGUCUUCUCUUUGGAGGUUCUCGCAAACGCAUGCCUGAUGGUCUAACUCGACGUGGAGACAUCAACGUUUUACUUCUGGGAGAUCCAGGUACCGCUAAAUCGCAGUUGCUAAAAUUUGUUGAAAAAGUGGCCCCCGUAGCAGUGUACACGUCUGGAAAGGGUUCUUCGGCAGCUGGUCUUACGGCUUCCGUCAUCCGCGAUCCUUCAACACGCAAUUUCGUUAUGGAAGGAGGUGCUAUGGUUCUUGCUGAUGGCGGAGUAGUGUGCAUCGACGAGUUCGAUAAGAUGCGUGAAGAUGAUCGUGUAGCAAUUCACGAAGCUAUGGAACAGCAAACCAUUUCGAUUGCCAAAGCUGGUAUUACUACCACAUUAAAUUCACGCUGUGCAGUUUUCGCUGCGGCGAACUCUGUUUUCGGGAGAUGGGACGACAGUAAGGGUGAAGAAAAUAUCGAUUUUAUGCCGACUAUUUUGUCGCGUUUCGAUACUAUCUUCAUCGUUAAAGAUGAACACAACGAGCGCAGAGAUAUGACUUUAGCUAAACACGUUAUGGGUAUUCACAUGAACGCUGUUCAAACUGGUGAAGAUUUAAAGGAAGGAGAACUGAGUCUCUCUUUGCUCAAGAAAUACAUCGGGUUUUGUCGAAGUCGUUGCGGACCCCGGCUCUCCGAAGCUUCUGCCGAAAAGCUGAAGAACCGAUAUGUCCUCAUGCGCAGUGGUGUACGAGAACACGAAAUGGAUACAGAAAAGCGUUUAAACAUUCCCAUCACUGUCAGGCAGCUGGAGGCUGUGAUUCGGUUAUCUGAAUCCUUGGCAAAGAUGCAACUCCAGUCGUUCGCUUCCGAAACCCACGUCGACGAGGCCUUGAGGCUUUUCCAAGUGUCCACUUUGGACGCUGCCAUGUCCGGAAGUUUAGCUGGUGCGGAAGGAUUCACUUCAGAAGAAGAUCAAGAGGUGAUUUCACGUAUUGAAAAACAACUGAAACGUCGUUUUGCUAUUGGUUCGCAGGUGUCGGAAAAUAGCAUCGUUCAGGAUUUCACUCGCCAGAAAUAUCCUGAAAGAGCUAUUUUUAAAGUGAUUCAUUGUAUGAUUCGCCGCGGAGAGUUGCAACACCGUAUGCAGAGGAAAAUGUUGUAUCGCAUUAAAUAAUAACGUACUUAAACUUUCUAAUUACCCGAUAUUUUAAACUUCUUUGUAUAAUGCCUGUUCUGGCCGCAUCACCAGACAGGUAAACCCUCACCGUCAUUCUCAACCUAAUACAUCUGAAUCAACUGAAGCCGUUUAGAUUCAUCAAUAAAUUGCAGCUCAAAGCAAAUAAAAGAUUUGCAAUGUGUAA